AUGAGAUAAAAUAUUUCCUUUUAACCUUAAGUAGAUGAGAAAACUGUUUUUUAGUCUAAUUCAUCAAAUAUAUACGGUACAGGGAGAUUUGGAGAUAUAAGACCAAAAAAUAUUACAUUUUAAGGGAAUGACAGUUAACGUAACAUGGUUUUUGAUCCAAGUAAAGUUUAAUCCUCAUAACAUAUGACAUUUUAUAAGUAAAAUGAUAGUAAUAGAUAAUCUGGAGCUAAAUUUGGAUCUUAAUUAGAUUCUUAGCAAAAAGGUUUUGCAUUUUCAUAAAGUGCAAAUCCUUUUUUUCAAUAAUCAGAACCUUAAGAAAAAUAAUAAUAAUCAUUUAGUAGUUAAGGAUCUGAAAAAAAGAAAGGAGCAUCAAAUAAAUAUUUUUAAAAUGGAAAUCAUUAAUAUUAGUUUUAAAAUAAUAAUCUUUAACAUGUGAAUUCUGAAGAGAAAACUUGUGAGUAGCAUGGUAAUACAGCUAAAUUAGUUUGUACAACUAUUGGAUGUUUGGUUGGAGGAUUAUGUGAGGAAUGUCAACAUUAAUGUCCUAAUAUUACUGCAAUUGAAGAUUAUUUUAGAGUAUUAGAAUUAAAACUAGCAAACUAAUAAUUAGAUGUUAUCUAAAAUGAAAAAUUUAAAUCUCUUUCUUCAAUUAGAGAUUAUUUCAAUCAAAUUAGAUAGGAAAUAAUAAAUCAAAUAGAUGAAUUAGAAAUCAAAUUUAUUGCAAAAGUGAUUAAUGAAACUAGUUUUAAUAUAGAAUUACCAUAUUAAUUUGUUUAAGAAUUAUUUGAAAUGAAUUUAUUAGAUCUUACCAGAUAAACAUCAUAAUUAUCAAAGUUGAUUUAUAAUGAUUAUCUGAAGGUAUCUGAAUUUAGUAAGAUUUUUGUCUCAGAUUAAGGGAGAUUUUAAAAGAAGUUAAAUAAGAAUGUAUAAUUGCUAAAUUAAUUGUUUAGUAAUUUUAUAUAUUGUUGCGAAUAACAAGUUUUUAGUAUAAUUUAUUUUAUAGCUUUUAAGUUGUGUAGUAGAUCAUUCAGAAUAAAACCUUUAAUUGAUUGAUUAAUCAACAUAGUUCCAUUAGAGUAAAACAUUUGAAAAUCAAAUGAAGAAUUUGAAACCAUAUAAAUUAAUAGAAAAUAAAUCUAAAAACAUAUUAGAUAUAUGUUUAAUAUCAAAUUCAAUAUUAGCAACAGCAGAAGAAAAUGGUGAAAUAAUUCUAUGGAAAUUACCUUAUUUUGUUUAAUUAUUUAAAUUUUAGCAUGGAGUUGAGUGUAUAUCUUUAGCUUCUAUAAAGGAUAAUUAAAAUACAUAAUUUUUAUUGAGCGCGUAAAAAUAAAAUUAAAAAUUAGAGGUAAAGAUAAAGAUGAAUACUAAAUAUAUUUAUGGAAUGUGGAUUUAAGAUCUAGAGUAGGAGAUGUAAUAGGACAUUCUAAAUAAUUAAGAAAAGUAGUUCCAUUGGCAUAUUCAUAAAUAGCAUGGUGUUAAGAGGAUUCUAAAAUACGAAUAUGGAAAUUAAAUGAAAAAGAAUUAGCACAUGAACUCAAUGUUCAUUCAGCUUGGAUAAAUGAUUUAUGUAAAAUAUCAAGAACAUUAAUUGCUUCUUGUAGUAGAGAUUAUACAGUAGCAGUAAUUGAUUAUUUGACUGGAAAAACCAAAUUUAUUAUUAAGGAUGUAACAUAUGUAAAUUGUGUAACAUCAAUAAAUAGUGAGUAGUUUGCUUUUGCAAAUUAUAAUGGCUAAGUAAAGAUCUAUUAAGUUGAAUAACCACAACUUAUAUAAUAGAUAUAAGUAUCGAUGAAUUGGAUUGAUACAAAUAGUAUUUGGUAAUUAUGUAGAAUUAGUAAUGAUAUUUUGGCAGUACAAUAGGCAAAUGGAGAAACAAGUAUAAUCACUCUUGAUUAAAGGAAAGAUAAAAUUAUUAAGACAAUUCAAUAAACAAAAAAAAUAUAAUAGAAUGCAUAAACAAUAAUAUUUGUAAACAACUUUAAAUUUCUUAUACUGCCUUAGUAAGGAGAUAUGCAAGUUUUCUAAUGA